AUGAACGCCAGUGAACUCCUCGCCAAUACCCUAUCUCCAGACGCGCAUACUCGUCAGGAUGCGACUCAGCAGCUGGAGAAUGCAUCCCGCGAGAACUACCCCGCAUAUAUGUUGAUGUUAUGUUCGGAGCUGGUCAACGAAAAUUCACCCCAACAUGUGAGGAAUGCCGCAGGUUUAGCUUUGAAGAACGCCUUGACCGCGCGAGAAAGUGCUCGCCAACUAGACUACACAAACAGAUGGCUUGCUGUUGACGGUGAUACACGUGAAAAAAUCAAGCAAGAUGCCCUUAUGGCACUUGGUUCUCCAAUUGCGAAAGUUGGCACUGUGGCGGCACAGGUAGUCGCCGCGAUCGCUGCAGUUGAACUUCCACAAGGUCAUUGGAUGGAUGUGAUUGGAAUAUUGCUCGGUUUCGUCAAUAAUGAAGCUAACACUAACCUGAGGAUUGCUACGCUGCAAGCGAUCGGGUUUAUCUGCGAGUCAAUCAAACCCGAAAUUCUGGCUAUGCGCUCAAAUGAGAUUCUGACCGCUGUCAUUCACGGGGCAAGGAAGGAAGAACCGUCCCCUGAUGUUCAGCUGGCCGCUAUUCAAGCGCUCCUGAAUUCUCUAGAAUUUGUGCGCGAGAACUUCGACCGUGAGGGGGAGCGUAAUUACAUCAUGCAAGUCGUCUGUGAGGCCACGCAAAAUUCCUCUGGUCCUGUUCAGAUUGGAGCGUUUGAAUGUUUAGUCCGCAUCAUGACGCUCUACUAUGACAAGAUGAGCUUUUACAUGGAACGCGCGUUGUUUGGUCUUACAGUCAUGGGUAUGAAGCACUCCGAAGAAGCCAUUGCCCUCCAAGCAGUGGAGUUCUGGUCAACUGUAUGUGAAAUUGAGUCAGAGUUGGCUUGGGAGGCUCAAGAAGCAAAUGAAUACGGAGAGGUUCCUGAAACAGAGAGCAAAUUCUUCGCGAAGAUCGCUCUGCCUGAGAUUGUACCUGUGCUUCUCCAGCUAUUGACUCACCAGGAAGAGGAUGCUGAUGAGGACGAGUGGAAUAUUUCCAUGGCGGCAGGCACUUGCUUGGGGCUUCUUGCUCAAGCGGUGGCUGAUACCAUUGUGCCGGCCGUCAUUCCGUUCAUUGAGGCCAACAUUCGGGCACAAGAUUGGCACCCUCGUGAAGCAGCCGUAAUGACUUUUGGGUCCAUCCUCGACGGUCCUGACCCUAAUGUCCUCACUCCGCUCGUGAACCAGGCUCUACCCAUCCUCAUUGAUAUGAUGAAUGACUCCAACCUGCACGUAAAGGAUACUGUUGCAUGGACUCUCGGCCGUAUCUGCGAUCUUUUGGUCGGCACUAUCAAACCGGACGUGCAUCUGCAUCCUCUUGUUUCUGCGCUGGUCAACGGAUUGCAGGAUAACCCUCGAAUCGUGGCUAAUUCCUGUUGGGCGUUGAUGAAUCUUGCUGAUCAGCUAGGAUCUUCAGAAGGUGAUGACCUACAGGCCGCUGCUUCUAGCCCGCUGUCGCCAUAUUUCGACGGUAUUGUGCAGGCGCUGCUUAGGGUCACAGAGACCGCGAGCAAUGAGGGUAAUUAUCGUACCGCAGCGUAUGAAGCCAUCACGUCCUUCGUCACCCACGCCACAAUGGACACAAUUCCUGUGGUGCAGAACACCGCCGUUGCGAUCCUGCUCAGAAUGGAGCAACUCCUUGGCAUGCAGAAUCAAAUCGUCGGAGUUGAUGAUCGCAACAACUGGAACGAUCUACAGAGCAAUUUCUGCAGCGUGAUUAUUAGUGUCGUCCGGAAGUUGGGCGAUGGCAUCCAACCAUUAGCAGAUCGGAUCAUGACUCUCAUUCUACAGCUGAUGGGGUCUGCCGGGAAGACAUCAACUAUCCUCGAGGAUGCCUUCCUCGUUGUCGGCUCGCUGGCUUCAGCCCUUGAGCAAGGCUUUAAUCCUUACAUUCAAGCGUUCCUGCCAUACCUGUACCCGGCUCUCAAGGCUCACGAGGAUACACAACUAUGCACUGUUGCAGUGGGGAUUAUUGGAGAUAUAUCCCGUGCUCUCAGUGAACAGACCGCUCAGUACUCAAAUGCUUUCAUGAGUGUUCUCCUCGAGAAUCUGCAAAGUGAUGUCUUGAACCGCAACGUUAAGAUUUCAAUUUUGUCAUGCUUCGGCGACAUAGCUCUUGCGAUCGGGCCUGCAUUCGAACCAUACAUGAAUACCACUAUGGGCGUUCUGCGACAAGCGGGUGCGUUGCAACCAAAUCCUCUCGACUCGGAUUUGGUAGAGUAUGUAGCGCUACUGCGUGAGGGCAUUCUUGAGGCGUAUACCGGCAUUGUUACUGGGCUUAAAAACACCGAUCAAGUUUCCCUUCUCCUGCCUCAUGUUCAAAGUAUACUGGAUCUUGUACAGAAAUCUUUGGCCGACAGCGAGAGAACUGAGUCGUCCGUUAAGCUGGCUAUAGGACUUGUUGGUGACCUAGCCGACGCGUUCCCUGACGGCCAGAUAAAGCAAUUCUUGCUCGCGGAGUGGAUUAUGAGCGAGCUGCGGACGAAAGGCCGUACAUUGGCAGAAACGAAGAAAACCUUACGCUGGGCCCGCGAAAUGGUCAAGCGCGCAACUGCAUAG